AUGGAUGACAAGUUAGAAAUUGGUCACCAGGAGGAAAUUACUUGCGCUGAAGAUUCUAUUCAACAGAAUUCAUCCAUCGACAAAAACCCUGUGAAACAUGAUCCUCAAGGAUUUCCUGUUAUUCCACAACCUUCAUCCCAUGGAGAUGACCCAUUGAAUUGGAGUCCGAAGCUCAAAUUGUGGGUUUGUCUUCAGAUUAGUUGGCUCGCUCUACUGGAGCCACUGGCAUCUGCUGUCGUGAAUCCAACAUUUCUUCUGAUGGCAAAAACAUUUGAUUUAAGCGUCAAAGAAGUUAGCUACGUCUGGCUUGUUUCUGCGGGCGUCGGGCCCUUGAUUGUGAUUCCUUUUGCCAAUGCAUACGGUCGUCGACCUGUGUACCUGCUAGGUAAUCUUCUUGCUGCAGUCACAACCAUUGCAGCAGGUUAUUGCGAUACAUGGGCAGGUAUAAUGAUCACCCGUGCGUUCUGUGGGUUUAGUUCGGGCUCUGUGAUAUCAAUGGGUGCAGCGACAAUCUGCGACUUAUAUUUCGUUCACCAACGCGGUGUUUACCUCGGAAUAUAUACCUUGGCACUAACCAGUGGGGCACACGUUGCUCCACUUUUGGGAGGCUUCAUAGGGCAGUCGCUUGGGUGGAGACCAUGCUUCUACAUUCUGGGAUACAUACAAUUGGCAACGUUCGUGUUAAACGUAUUCUGCCUACCCGAAACCCUUUACACCGCGAAGCGUUCACCCGACUCAGGUCCCUACGUGGAGCAAACCUAUAUGCAAAAUAUCACGUUUAGAAAGAGAAAGGUUCCAGGAGUCCGACCGAAGAUGCGAGACUUUGCUCGUCCGUUCGAGAUGCUGAAAUUUGUGUCGGUUUCACUCACAGGUACAUUCUACAUGGUCUGCUUUGGCUACGGUGGUGUUAUUUUCGCUCUUACGGGAGCCAGCCUCUUCAGCAAGCUUUAUGGAUUCAACACUGCUGAGACUGGACUGAUUCUGAGCAUACCGCUGUUGAUCGGAGGAGGAAUUGGCGAGCUCAGCGGAGGAUGGGUCACGGAUUGGCUUUCGAAUCGCCAUGCAAAGAAACACAACGGCGAGCGUCUUCCCGAAGCUAGAUUGACUGCUAUCUGGGGCGCUUUGUUAAUUCCAAUUGGCCUUACCAUUGAAGGAUUUUAUGGUGCGAGAUGGAGACAGCUUCGCUCCCAGACACCUUUAGCUAUGAAGGAGUAG